AUGAGUAAUGCGCCUCUUGACCUAUUCUUUUGCAGCUGCGACUUCCCUGACGACGACAAAAAAACUCUACAACUCUUCCGCCAAUUACAGAGCCACAGCAGGAAAUCCAGCUUCUCAGUCCUCGCCAGUUUCCUUUCCGAAUGCGCGGUAGUGUUGAGAGCCGAGGUGGCGGCAUUACCACGGUCCUAUCGGCACAGUUCACCAGAUUUCCAAUCCCUACUCAACCUCGCUACGCCAAUUUUAGGCGAUGCCGAGUAUGAAGAUGAGCCGCUCCACGUGCCGCUGCGGGGUGCCCUCCUUUGUGCCCUACAAAUUGCUCUACUCAUUGGCAAUUUCGAAGCCGAAAAAGUCGAAUAUGAUUUGCCCCGACGGAAUACAGUGGUCGCGGGUAUACGUGUCGGCAUGUUUGCUGCUGUUGCCAUCGCCACAUCAUCGUCCAUUAUUGAUCUGGCUAGUAUCGGUCCAGAAUCUGUGCGCAUGGCCUUUCGACUCCAAAUCCAUGUCGAUCAAAUCUCGCGCCUAAUCGAAUCGCCGCCAAGCACUCAGGGCAAACUUCAGAAUUGGGCUUACACACUCACUCAAACUUCCGAAGCCGAUAUACUGGAAGAGAUCAGUAGAUUCAACAAAUUGAGGGCAUGUUCCGAACUCACGAAGAUUCGGAUAUGUCACGUCGACCAGAACUCAGUCGGCGUGACUGGCCCGGAAUCACGUGUUAAGGCGUUUUUGAAAUCAUGUUCUCUCUGUCCCUCAUCUUGCUUACCACUCCCUAACUAUGGAGGCCUUUGCCAUGCCACCGAGGUAUAUGGAGAUGAGGAUGUCGAGUCUAUUAUUGGGGCUAUACAAAAGCAGCGGUGUAUUAGCCGUCCAGUAUACAUUUCCCUUUUAUCUCCUUCCACAGGUGAACCAUUCCCUGCCGAAAACGCCAUGUCUCUCUUUGCCCUAGUCUGCAAGGAAAUUUUGACUGAACCAUAUUAUCAGUGUCGUCUUGUCAAAGGAUUUUCUGACCAGGUUUCGAUCUCAAGUACCAUGGAAGAGUGUAGAUUUUUCUGUUAUGGUACAUCCAUCGUCCACAACAUACUUCAAUCACCUUCUACGCCCCUUUCGAAUCACAAAAAGAUCGUUCCCCACAACCUCGUGGAGUGGACUAGCCGAGAACUGAAAAGUGAAACCUCUUAUUCUGAUUACUCUAAAUCUAAACUUGUCGUCGUGGGUAUGUCUUGUCGUAUGCCAGGCGGAGCAAACGACACCGAACUAUUAUUUCAGCUGCUUACCGAUGGGCGUGAUGUCCAUACCAAGAUUCCUGCUGAUCGGUUUGAUGUUGAGACUCACUAUGAUCCUACCGGGAAUAAAGCCAAUGCUAGUGAAACACCCUUUGGCAAUUUUAUUGAUAAUCCAGGAUUCUUUGAUGCUGGAUUUUUUAAUAUUUCUCCACGAGAGGCCGAGCAGACGGACCCUAUGCAUCGACUCGCGCUUGUCACAGCAUACGAAGCCCUCGAAAUGGCAGGAUUUACACCUAAUCGGACUCAGUCAACUAAUCUUAGACGUGUUGGAACUUACUAUGGUGUUGCGAGUGAUGACUAUCGUGAGGCUAAUGCCGGCCAAAAUAUCGAUACGUACGCUACACCUGGAGGUGAACGUGCGUUUGCAAACGGUAGAAUUAAUUAUUUUUUCAAAUUCGGUGGGCCUAGCUUCAAUAUUGAUACCGCUUGUUCCAGCAGUGGAGCCGCAAUAAAUGCCGCCUGCUCUUCCCUCUGGUCUGGUGAGAUUGAUAUGGCCAUUGCAGGUGGUUUGAAUGUCAUGACAAAUCCGGAUAAUUACUGUAUGCUCUCUAAAGGCCACUUUCUAUCAAAAACAGGCCAAUGCAAAGUAUGGUCUAAGGAUGCCGACGGGUAUUGUCGAGCAGAUGGAAUUGGUAGUAUUGUCAUCAAGAGACUAGAAGAUGCUAUUGCGGAUAACGAUCGAAUUAUUGCAAUGAUAUGUGCUGCUGCAACGAAUCAUUCUGCCAAUGCAGUGUCUAUAACACAGCCACAUGUCGGCGCACAAAAGGAAAACUAUAAUAAAAUUUUGCAAGACGCCGGAGUUGAUCCUCUGGAUGUCAGUUAUGUAGAGCUCCACGGUACUGGAACUCAGGUCGGUGAUGGAGUCGAAUCCAAGUCCGUGGCCGAUGUUUUUGCACCCCUAGAAAUUCCCCGCCGAGCAGAUAACCCAUUAAAUCUAGGAGCUAUCAAAUCAAAUAUUGGUCAUGGUGAAGCUGCCGCAGGAGUUGCAUCGAUAAUCAAAGUUCUACUCGCGUUUGAAAAAAACCAAAUUCCGCGCAACAUUUUUGUCGCUAAAGAUAUCAAUCCAACUGUGGCAGCAAAUAUCCGCAAUCGAAAUGCACGUAUGGUUACUGAGAAUAUAUCUUGGCCUAGGAGAACUGAAAAGAAGCGUUAUGCUGUCGUAAAUUCUUUUGGAGCACACGGCGGAAACACAUCCUUUUUAUUUGAGGAAGCCCCUCUUAGACCCGAGAGUAUCCGUGAUCCGCGGAACGUCUUCGUUGUCGCAAUUUCUGCCAAAAGCAAAAAUUCUCUCCGUGGCAAUUUGACUUCCUUGCUCAGAUAUCUGGAGAAUACUUCUAAUGUCGAGUUGGGAGAUUUAUCAUAUACUUUAUGCGCUCGAAGAAUACACUAUCAAAACAGGGUCGCAACAUCUGCGACAACUAUUAUCCAGGUCCGAAAGUUCAUUGAGUCUGCUCUUGUACAAGUGGAUUCCUUACGACCUAUUCCUGUAGAAGUGCCGCCAAUUGCUUUUGCUUUUAGCGGACAAGGUGCGUUCUACGAGCGAAUCGGUCAGCAACUAUUUAAAUAUUUUCCAACUUUUAGAGAUGAGGUUCUAAGGCUUGAUCAUUUAUCACAGCAAAUCGGGUUCCCCUCUAUAAUUUCGGCACUGACUGGAUCCACAAACACACAAGUAUCAAGUCCACUCGUCGUGCAUCUCACUCUUGUUAUUGUAGGAAUAGCUUUGGCUAGGUUCUGGGAGCGACUAGGGGUCAAGCCCGACGUAGUUAUCGGUCAUAGUUUAGGCGAAUAUCCUGCUCUAGUAUCCGCAGGAGUCCUAUCUGCGGCCGAUGCUAUAUUUCUUGUUGGCAGACGUGCAGAGAUCCUACUCGAAACUUGCACACCUGGUACUCACUGUAUGCUUUCUAUACGUGCAAGUGUUGAGACAAUAGAAAGACUCACUGAUAAGCUUCCACAUGAGAUAGCUUGUCUUAAUAGUCCUGCUGACACCGUCAUUAGUGGCUCCCUGGAACAAAUUCAAAAAAUUCAAGAGCUAGUGGAACAAAGCGGUCUCAAAUGCAACCGCCUUGAUAUUCCUUUUGCUUUUCAUUCAUCCCAGCUAGAUCCCAUGCUGGAUCACUAUGAGAAGCUAGCAGGAAGUGUAACAUUCAAUCCACCUUCUAUACCAGUUAUAUCGCCGCUCCUUGGAGAAUGCGUCACUGAACACAAGAUAAUCAAUGCUAGGUAUAUGCGUCGGGCUACAAGAGAGCCUGUCAAUUUUCUAGGGGCCCUCUUGAAUGCCAAGAAAAUAGGGUUUAUAAAUGGAAGCGUCUCUUGGAUCGACGUUGGUCCACAUCCUGUGUGCACAUCAUUUCUUCAAUGUUGCGCCCCAGCCAACAAGAUUUUUUCAACCCUCCGUCGAAAUGAGGAGAAUUUUACGAACAUCUCCCGGACAUUAGUGGAACUACACCUCCAGGGCAUCCCAGUAUCAUGGAAUGAUUAUUUUGAGCCCUACGAAAAAUCGCAUUCCCUUUUGAAUCUCAGUGGUUAUAGCUGGAAUGCGAGAAAUCACUGGAUUCCGUACCGAGGUACAUGGGCACUCGACAAGGCACACAAGGAAAAGCCUCGACUCACUACGUUAUCAUCGCCUCCGUUGAAAUCUUCAUCUAUUCAUCGUAUCAUCUCGGAUACAUUCCAGGACACUGCACACCAGAUAGUUACAAUUUCUGAUUUAACACAUCCAGAACUGUGGCCAAUUGUCUCGUCACAUCGCGUCAAUAAAGAAGUAACGGCUACAUUGUCUUUACAGACAAUUUGGUCUGACAUGGCGUAUUCUAUAUCGAAGUACAUGUACCAGAGACUGAACCCAGAAAACACCACCACUUCAAUGAAUCUUGCAAACUUUGAAGUAUUUCACUCCGUAUCAGUCUCCGGAGGUACAAGUCGGCCUCGACUAAUACGAAUGGAAGCAACUUAUCGACCAAACCUUCAGACCACUAACAUACAAUGGUACCAUGCUUCCCUAGAUGAACAGCGAUCCUCGGAUAUCGUCAUUUCGGCAACAAUAUUUCACGAAGAUGUCUUGACAUGGCAAAGAGAGUGGCGCUCGGUCCAUCACUUCUUACAGGACCGAAUUGAGGUUCUGUCUCAAAAAGCGCUAAACUGCACUGCCAAUCGAAUUACAAAGAAUUUGGUCUACUCGAUGUUUAGAAAUAUUGUUGACUAUGAUGAGAUUUACAAGGGUAUUCAGAGUCUAGUCCUCGAUGGUUAUGAGGCACUGGCGGAGGUUACAUUACCGGAAAAACACGGUCACUGGCUUGCGCCACCGCACUUUGUUGAAAAUGUUCUCCAGGUAGCUGGGUUCGUGAUGAAUUGUGGCGAUGUCUUCGAUCAUCGAGAUACCUUCACUGUAUUCCCUGGCUGGAGUGAUCUACGCCUCCUGGGCGCUCUCAAACCGGGAGAAAAACUGCGCGCCUAUGUGCGACUGACCCCGGGAAAGGUUAGCCGGGAAUAUCUAGGUGAUGUGUUUAUUCUAAGAGCUGACGAAAUUAUUGGAAUGUGUUCUCAGAUGCGAUUCCGUCGGGUACCACGAAUGUUGAUGGAGACUUUCUUCACCGCAGAGGACGAUGAUAUUGUCGUAGGUUCGGCGCGCCGAAAUGAUGGUCGAGCCAUGACACCCUUUGGGAAAGGUGUCUCGCAUCCCAUUACGCCAGCCGAGUCGGAAAUUUCAGAAUCAUCUUACCUGGCAGUAGAUGGCGACAUUCUAGCUGCCAAGACGCUCGUCAAAGCUGUCGAGGCAAGCCAGGCCUCGAUUAGCGAGAGUACAGAGAUGAUUUGGGCUGAAUCUCUCCGAGUCAUUGCUCGAGAAUUAGAUAUAAAUGUCGAUGAGCUGAACGAUGACACAACGUUCGCUGAGCUCGGCGUUGACUCGCUGAUGUCUCUCAUUCUGGUACAGAAAUUUCUGAGCGACUUGUGUAUAAAACUACCAAGCUCCGUCUUUCUCGAGUAUCCAACAGUGAAGGCGUUUAAAGAAUAUUUGAAAGAUUCGUAA